AUGAGUACUGUAUCACAGCAAACAAAGUGGCGCCAAGCUCUGCUAUCAGGUGCCCUGAUACUUCAGUCGUUGCUCUUAGCAAAUGGGCAAGCCACCACGGCACUGAAUGAGCCCUGCCUUGCGUUUGUCAAGGAUAUUUUCUCGGAAGACAGGCAACAACUCUUGUGCCAGACACCAUCAGGAAUGUUGUACAUCCUUCCUUCAGUUGACGGCCAAUGGAUUGAAGAGAAAAUGAUUGCAGGUGAGCUCUACAGUGGCGAAACCAUAUUGGAUCUGCCCGAUGGCACCACCAUCAAUCGCGAAGACCAAACUUUGAACUUGAACGAAAUGCCGGCUCUCGUGAACUCGGACUCAUCCGAAAGGCGACUUCAGCAAAAUACAAAAACAACAGGAGAUAGAACCGUCCUCGCCGUUCGAGUCAUCGCUUCCAACGGUGAGAUGUCAAAGAGCGACGAAGAACUCUCCGCUUCGAUAUUUGGCGGAGCAAAUGACUUUGUGAACCUUAAAUCCCAAUACGCAGCUUGCUCUCAUGGAAAAAUCAAUAUUGUUAAGCGACCUGAUAUGAAUGGUCUCACAAGCAACAUUCAAAAUGGCGUUGUAACAAUUCGUGUCAACUUGCCAGUUGAAGUGGGACAUUCGACAAUGGUGAAUGCAGUUUCACAAGAACUAGACCGUGAGUUUGGUAUGACAAUGCAUUCCAUUGCUGAUCACGUCAUGUACUGCUUGCCCAAGGGAAAUUAUAAUGGUGUUGGGUUUGCAAUCAUGAAUGGAGGACUUUCAGUAUUCAAUGACAAGCUGUGCACUUCGGUGAGCACCCAGAUGCACGAAAUUGGUCACAACUUGAAUCUUGGACACAGUGGAAUUGGCACAGAAAAAUAUGGAGAUCAAAGCUGCAUGAUGGGGUAUUCUUAUCGAUCAAGCGAGGCACCGAAAAUGUGCUUCAACGCUGCAAAGAGUUUUCAACUAGGCUGGUACGAUGACAAGUCAAAAUCGAUGAUCCCUGGGACGGGUCCUUGGGGAGACGACCACACCUUCACCCUUUCCAAUAUCGUCGAUUAUCCAACUACCAAUGAUGAUGUGUUGAUUGAAAUUGUGGAACCAGCUAGCCAAAAGAACUACUACGUUGGAUUCAAUGUCGGAAAGGGUUUUAAUCAGGGAACACGUCACGGAAAGAAUCAAGUCUUGGUGUACAGCAAACCUGUAGCCGCUGGGAUCGAUUCGUUGCGCGUAGCAGACUUGUCCAGUGGUGACAGCUUCACCAUAUCUGACUUUAAUGGAAUCACUGGGAACACGCUCAGUAUUUCAGUCCUCUCCAUUGACCUGUCGUCGGAUCUUGCUCAGGUGCGAGUCACCUUGAAUCGAAAGCAUUCGCCACCAACACCGAUGCCCACAAGAUACCCAACCCCGGCUCCAACAAGACUUCCGACUCGACGCCCUACCCCCAGUCCUACUCUACGACCAGUUGCCCAAACUCCUUCUCCAACCAGACCUAUCGGUGGAAGAAAACCAACAGUUGAUGACAUUCCUGUCACCACUAGCCAGUCGUGCAAGGCCGCCUACUCUGAAUGUGAGACCACUUCCGAGUGUUGUGCAGGAUUUUCUUGUCGCAGAGUUGCAAGUGAUACUGGCUUUUCGAACGUUUGUCGAGCCAUUGCCAAGAACAGCAAGGACAAGUUGCAGCGCAAUGGAACUCCUUGGUGGAAGCGUCGAUUGCGUGGUGAUAGCAAUGUCCAAGCCCCUCGUGAGCCUGAUAAUGAAAUCUUGGAGGUACAAGCUUAG